UUUUACCAGAGUUUUACUUACAUUUACUAGUCAACAUGUUCAUUUUCACCUUUGUCCCUAACCCUCGCGCCGCAAGUUUUUAACCUCCCUCUUCAUGGACGACCUUUUCACCGUCGGCGAUUUCCCUUACCACGUGGCUCCAUUUCCCGAUACCUCUGACCUUCUUUACACCCAUCCCACGCCGUCUUUUCACCAUUCUGACGUCACCGACCAUCGUCGGCUUCCCAAUCCCCCGCCGCAGAAGCUCCGGCCCAUCCGGAGCCUCGACCGGUCUUCUUCGCCGCCAUCGCUGCUCGUAGAGAUUCCUGAGAAUGGAGGGCUCGCCGGAACGUCUCACGAUGUGGGUUACCCUUGUCAACAGCCAAGUCAGAACCUUGUGUUGCUGGAUCGGCAAGUUGAGUCUUGCGAGGAGCUGAGGAAGGAAGCUUCCGAUGACGGUGCGGGAAAUGAUUGCCUUCAGACGGAUACUCCGGCAGGGCUCGGGCCGAGUCAUAGUUGUGAGUUGAAGCAGGAAUCUGGUUCAUCUUGGGAAGAUGACGGUGAUGAUGAUUCAUCUGAAAGUGUGGAAGAUCGUGGGUAUGGAAAGAAAAGGAAAAAGACGAUUGCCAAGUUUGAAGCUUUUCUGGAAAAUUUGGUGACGAAGGUGAUGGAAAAGCAAGAAAAGAUGCAUCAGCAACUGCUGGACAUGAUAGAAAAUAAGGAAAGGGAAAGAGCAGUGAGGGAAGAAGCUUGGAAGCAAAAGGAGAUGGUAAGAAUUAAAAAGGAUGAGGAGGCCAGAGCUCAAGAAAAAUAUAAUAACCUAGCACUCAUAUCAUUGAUUCAGAAUCUACUGGGCCAUGAAAUUCAAAUCCCCCAACCAGCAGCAACCAGUGCAAGAGACGAUGAUGAAGGCGAAGGCGAAGCCAACGUCCCAAAAGAUUUCAAGAGUGAUCAGAGUAACAACAGAUGGCCGGAAGCUGAAGUACAAGCUCUCGUAACUCUCAGGACUUGUUCAGAGCACAAGUUUCAAGGUAUAGGAUCCAAAGUAUCUGUGUGGGAAGAAAUAUCUAAAGCAAUGAACAAUAUGGGUUACAAUCGCUCUGCAAAGAAGUGCAAGGAGAAAUGGGAAAACAUCAACAAGUACUAUAAGAGAACGAUGGAGAGUAGGAAGAAGAAGCGACGUCUAAAUAAUAAAGCUUGCCCAUACUUUGAUGAGCUUGACAUUCUGUACCGAAAUCGGCUGCCUCAUAUUGGGAAUGCCUUUAGCGAUACCUCAAUGUCCUCAAAGACUGAAAAGUAAUAACGUUAAGAGUUUGUUCUCGGAAAUAUGGUGUUUUCCGAAGUGUACUGCUAUUUCAUAUUCAUUCAGCCACGUAUUUCUGGCCAUAAUCUUGGUAAUGAAUUUGAAGUUGGAAAUAUAAUAUUAGUCUGAGCUUUUGCAGUGACUA